UUCCUUCUCCCUUCCUUCCGCAGCCAAUAAACCGUCUUCAAACCUCGGACGAGUUCUCCGUUGAUUGUUUCCCUUCACUUCCAGGCGCGAACCUUCAUUUCCAACCAAAAGUUUCCGAUAAAAUUCUCAGUCUCCCAAUCUAUUCCGGUCGCCGCCAAGAACCUCUCCCGUCUCUCUGCCCCCCUGCGAAGAAAAAGUCCGGGAUUUUGUGGCGUGAUUCCGCCGUUCUCGCCGGCCGAUCGCCGCUCGCCAGGAUGCGCAACCUUCUCUCGGAUUCAUUUGAGCUCAGCAUAGAGGAACGGGCUCGGGGAAAUGUUGAUAUUGAGCUGGGUUUGCAAGGCCAUACCGCGAGCUCCGCACAGCCUGGUUUCGACGGCUUCUUUGAACAGGUCAGGGAGAUCGAGAAGGUGCUUGAUACGUUGACAAAGCUACUGAAAGAUCUUCAGAACUCAAAUGAUGAAUCAAAAGUUGUCACUAAGUCUGCCGCUAUGAAAGAGAUCAAAAAGCGCAUGGAGAAGGAUGUUAACGAGGUGACAAAGGUUGCACGGCUCGGAAAAUCAAAACUACAGAAAUUGAAUAAAGAUAAUCUUGCAAACAGAGAAAAACAGGGCUUUGGCAAGGGAUCAGCUGUGGACCGGUCUCGGACCUCAAAGACUUCUGCAUUGACCACGAAGUUGAGGGAACGCAUAUCAGACUUUCAGACACUAAGAGAAGCAAUACAGACGGAAUACAGGGAAGUCGUGGAGCGACGUGUUUUCACUGUAACUGGCGAGCGUGCUGAUGAAGAGACAAUUGACAAGCUGAUAGAAACAGGCGACAGUGAACAAAUUUUCCAAAGAGCCAUUCAGGAACAAGGGCGUGGACGGGUGCUCGACACGCUCCAAGAGAUCCAGGAGCGGCAUGACACUGUGAAAGAGAUUGAGACAAAACUCCUUGAGCUGCAGCAGAUUUUCCUCGACUUGUCCGUAUUGGUUGAGGCGCAAGGUGAGAUCCUGGACAACAUCGAAGCGCAGGUUGUAGGUGCGGCAGAACAUGUUCAGACUGGAACAAACCUCCUCCAGAAGGCGAAGAUCCUUCAGAAAAACUCGCGGAAGUGUGCCUGCAUAGGGAUCAUCAUCCUACUGCUCGCUAUACUCAUCAUCGUCCUCUCACUGAGACCGUGGGCAAAGUAGAAAAAGAAACUCCCAAAGAAGCAUCAUGCCAAAGACAAUAUACGAUUAUUUCAUAUGACGUUUAUAUAUGGCCUUUGUUGUGUAUACGCCGUCUGAUGCCAGAGUUGUCAUGUACAUUCUCUGAAUAUUUUUUGGGCUUGAAUUUUGUUCGUUUUGUUCUUAGAAUAUCAAAGAUGCAACUUAAUUA